AACCAAAUAGCAGAGAUCUGGCUAGCCUAAACAAACAGCUGAUUUGUUAAAUGAAAUUCAGCUCCACUGCACGCAAUUCGCGUAACACACAAAUUUUUGGAAUAGGUGCUUCAGUAAACUUAAAAAAAUGUUGCAAUUUGCCAGAAUUGCCUUGCGAAGUGUUGCUGUCAGCCACCGGACGGUCGUAACCCCACUUUCAAACAGUGCAAUAACUCGGCGAAAUUUCAGUGCACCAGUGGAGAGCAAAGAUGAGCCCAUCGAUAUAGCCAAUCCAUUCGAAAAAGAGCGCCGUGUAUGCAUUCUUUGCAAACACAAUAUAGUACCUGAUUACAAAAACGUGAAACUCCUAUCACAGUUCCAGUCGCCUUAUACCGGUCGUAUUUAUGGACGGCAUAUUACGGGCUUGUGUAAACAAAAGCAAGAGCAAGUGGAGAAGGCAAUUAUACGCGCACAAAAUUGUGCUUUAAUGCCUACAUAUCACAAGGAAUUGGACUUUAUGCAAGAUCCACGUUUGUUUGAUCCGGAAAAGCCGAUACGCCCCCAUAAAUACUAAAUGACGUAAAACAGCACAUAGGUAUUUAAUUUUAGAAAAUUUAUGUUUCGCUAACCGAAUUAGGAAAUAAACGUCUUGCUAAUUCUGGAAACGUGCGUAACUUUAAAUGUAUUCAA